AAUUGCUUCUGUGAGAAACGGGAAAAAAGCCUCACAUGUAAGAAGCGCAAAAGCCUGACACACGACUUCAUUCAGCUCUGCACCGUCGGUCGUGUACGAUCGUCGUCGGGAAGGUCGUUUCGGUUUUCUCUUUCGAUUGCGGAAUCAGAUUCGACAUUCGAAUAGUAGAUUUGAAACGCCCGCCAUCAAUCCAAUAAUACCUAUCAUUUUUCAGCAUAGAACAUCAAGGUAAUGUGACAAUCAAGAAAAUCUGUAGACAAUAGAUAGGCGAACUGACUCUAGCAGGUACUUCCUUUAUGGCGUCAACUAGCAAUUCAAAAAGCAUUGCAGAGGAUGAUGAAGGAGAAGAAGAGGAGAUUGCGCGAUUUGAUGAUUUUACUCUUGCCUCUUCGUGGGAAAGGUUCAUUUCUGAUAUUGAGGUGGUUUGUCGACAGUGGUUGGAUGAUGGUCCCCAGAACUUACUUGUAAAGAGUGCUGUUCCAAUGGAUCUUUCAAAUGGUUUGUACAAGGUCAAAUCCGAGUUCAAAUAUGCUAUGAAAAGCUACUGCAUGGAAUACUAUUUCCAAGCAACUAACGAUGGAAAACUUGCUGAUUGGAAUCAGGCAUUGCAUGAUCUGCAGCUCUCUUUUGGGGUGAAAGAGUUUGUGGUGAUUGCUCCACAAAGUGCAAGUGGAGUGGUUCUUGAUUCACCAGAGGCCAGCAAGCUUUUGAGUGCAGUUGCUAUUGCUUUGUCUAACUGUACCAGUUUGUGGCCAGCUUUUGUCCCUGUUCACGAUCCUUCUCGUAAAGCUUAUAUAGGUAUCCAGAAUAUGGGAACAGUUUUCACUAGAAGAUUUGAAGCCGACCGAAUCGGUAGCCAGGUCCCGAUAAAGCUCAUGCAUUUGGAAGGAUUAUAUGAGCUGUUUGUUUCUAAAUUUACCUACACCAAAGUGGAUUUUUCAAUGCAACAAUUCAAAAUCCAUUUUAAGAUGAGGUUAACAUACAGAACCCCUACGUAUGAUGAUGAGGACGAAGUACAUGAAGCUGAUGCUGGUGUCACAGAAUCUGGCGGGAAUGCUGAAGGUGAAGCUCGCAAUAAAACUCAAUGGGAUGAUGAUUGUCCUUGGAGUGAGUGGUAUACUACAGAUGACCCAGUCAAAGGAUUUGAGUUACUUGCCAUAUGGUCUGAGAUAACAGCUGAAAGUUCUCUCGAGAUGGCUGAAUUGGAAAAUGCCUCACCAUUUGAAGCUGAGAAAUGGUUCCUACAUCCAUGUCUCUCUGAAAAUUUCAGUGAUAUUUCUGAUGGAAAGACAAUUGGAUUUGCAUCACAGUUGUGCCUUUUGGUUAAGGCCUUGGAAAUGUCCUUGGAGGCUCAAUUUAUGGAAGAUUUUGUGUCAGCAGUCGAGAACUCAGGAUCUGACAAUUUCAAGUCUUCAGCUGUCAUUCCUCCACCAACAGUUCUUGAUCGUGUUUUAAAAGAUCUCUUUCACCAGGUUGCAGAAGCUCAACCAUAUCUCUCUGUGGGCGAACAUAAGGGUUCUCGCGCUAUUAAAGGCGCUCCACUUUACUCGCUUUUUGCUCAGUUCUGUUUACAUGCUCUUUGGUUUGGCAAUUGUAAUAUACAUGCUAUUGCUGUACUCUGGGUAGAGUUUGUUCGAGAAGUUCGUUGGUGUUGGGAAGAGUCACAACCAUUACCAAGAAUGCCAGCCAAUGGUAUAAUUGACCUAUCCACGUGUUUGAUCAAUCAGAAACUACAUAUGCUUGCAAUAUGCAUUGAUAGACAACGUCAACAAGGUCCAAAGCUUUCUGACACGAGUAGACAUGACUCCACUCCUGAUGAUUCCAAGAUUCAGAAAGAUCUUCAGGAUCAAAGGUUCUUCUCUCCUCGCGAAGCCAGUGAAGAUUUUGAUGGUGACUGUGAAAGCAGCCAGUCAACUUCAAAUGGUUUGCUCAGUCCGAUGGCUGAAGAAGCCAGUUAUAAUUCGAAAAAUCAUGAAAUUGCAACAUAUGCUAUUAGCAAGUCUUCUGAACAUGAAAGGAGGGGAUCAGCUGGUGCUUUGCCGAAUAUGAUGCUUUUACACUCACGUGAAAUUAUGCAUGCUCCAAUCACCCAGGACCCACCACUUAUGACAGAGGACAUGCAUGAAGAACGACUACGAGCUGCUGAAGCCUGUGCUGAUUCAUUUAACUUCUCUGCUCAACUGGAGAAAGAGAUCUUGCUAUCAGAUAUGUCCGCAUUUAAGGCAGCUAACCCAGAAGCCGUGUUUGAAGAUUUUAUUAGAUGGCAUUCACCCAAAGAUUGGGAAGAUGAUCACAGUGAGACUGGAGCCUCUCAAACUAGUACAGCAAAGGGGUCAAAGAAUGAGUGGCCUCCUCGAGGAAGACUGUCCAAAAGAAUGUCUGAGUAUGGGAGUUCGUGGAGAAAAAUUUGGAAUGAGGCCCCAGCUUUGGAAGUUUCUAAACAGAAGCCACUUCUAGAUCCCAAUCGAGAAGGGGAAAAGGUUCUUCAUUAUCUGGAAACCCUGCGACCGCAUCAACUGCUGGAACAAAUGGUUUGUACUGCCUUCAGAGCGGCAGCUGACACGCUUAAUCAGACAUCAUUUGGUGACUUGAACCAGAUGACAACUAAAAUUGGGCAACUUUACCUCACAAUGUCAUCUACCUUGAAAUAUGUGCAAUCACAUAGUAGAUCUGGUGAUAGUGAUAUUAUUGAAGAUGUUAGACGGCUUUGUGUUAUUUUUGGACAUGUUGAGAAGUUGCUCACAAUAGCAGCUUCUCUUCAUCGCAAGUUUUUGCGAGCACCAUUACUCGCAGAAGCAAUUUUCAGGGAUUACCAUGAUUACUACCAAAAAAAUAUGGGAAAUGGCACCGUGCAAGGUGAUUCCAAGAAGGAGUUCAAGAAAAAGCAUGAAAUAAGGGCACGUGAGAGAGACAUGGUUGCUACCAUGUUUACUCCACCACAAACUGAACUGAAGGCCGAAAAAGCGAAAAUGCCUGUUUGCAAAUGUAGAUUCUCCAGAUGA